UCUUUUUUCUCUCACCGUUUGCGAAGCAAAACAACACAAAUAUUGAAGAAAAAGUGUGAGUUCUCUCUAAAAAAGGGGAAAAAAAAAGGGGGGGAGAGAAGAAAAAAAAAUCGCCUUAAAUUUCUCUGUCUCUGAUUGACUGUUUGGAUAGCGAGAAAGUGAGAGAAAGAAAAUGGAGGCAGCAAUGGGACUGAUGAGGAGAAUGCCUCCAAAGCACAUAGAGACCGCUCUCUCCGCUCUUCUCACUCUCUUACCCCAACACUCCUCCGAUCUCCUCUCUCAAGUCGAUCAGCCUCUCCAGGUCUUAUGCGACGUGGACUCUGGAAAGGAAUUCAUUUUGUGCGAAUAUAAUAGAGAUGCAGACUCUUAUAGAUCACCUUGGUCAAACAAAUACCAUCCACAAUUAGAGGAUGGCUCCCUCCCAUCUCCAGACUUGAGGAAACUUGAAGUCGAAGCAAAUGACAUCUUUGCUAUAUAUCGUGACCAGUAUUAUGAAGGUGGGAUUUCAUCAGUUUAUAUGUGGGAAGAUGACAAUGAAGGUUUUGCAGCCUGCUUUCUGAUAAAGAAAGAUGGAUCAAAGACGGGGCAUGGUAGAAGGGGUUAUUUGCAGGAGGGUGCAUGGGACGCUAUCCAUGUUAUUGAAGUAGGGCCUGUGGAGGAAGGAACAGCUCAUUACCGCUUAACCAGCACCGUCAUGCUGUCUUUAACUACAAAUAAUGACACAUCAGGAAUGUUCAAUUUGUCUGGAUCGAUUAGAAGAGAGAUGAAUAUGGACCUCCCGAUUCAAGAGGGCCAUAUUUGUAACAUGGGCAGAAUGAUAGAAGAAAUGGAGAGUAAGCUUAGAAACUCACUCGAUCAGGUUUACUUUGGCAAAACGAAAGAAAUGGUAUGCACUUUGCGGCCACCAGCGGAAGUGGUGAUGAGACUACCCGACUCCUAAGCGGGCUAUUGCACAUCAACGGGGGAAGCUACUCACCAUAUGUUUGUUUCCUGCAUUAUGUUUUAACGGUGUGAUUGCUAUUGGUUUCUUUGUGUGCUUCAUAUGCUUUACAUGAGAUCUUAGACACUAUAUUUUGUAACAUACUUUCAUUCAUAUUUAAGAACCAAGAAGCAGUUUGCUUUGGAAAAGUUG